UCCGGUGGCUGGGUUUGGUCUGGCUCGGCUCGGCUCGGCUCCUCCAGCAGCAUCUGCAGCAGUGAACCUGAUCUGGGAGGAAAGAUGGCGGCACCUGCUCUCUCCGCUCGCUCCGGCUCGGCAGGCAGCCUCGGGAACAGCCCCACCUCGGCCGCCGGGAGGCUGCCGCACGGCCCCGGCCUCGGCCCCGGCCUCGGGCCCGAGCUCGACUUCAGGUCCGCGGCUCGGACCGACGAUCUGAACCGGCUCAUCGGGGAGUUCAGCAAGCACGACCAGCGGGAGUACGACGACCAGAGAGCGCUGGAGAUCCACACGGCCAAGGACUUCAUCUUCUCCAUGCUGGGAAUGGUUCAGAAGCUGGACCAGAAGCUCCCGGUGGCCAACGAGUACCUCCUCCUGUCGGGGGGGGUUCGGGAGGGCGUGGUGGACAUGGACCUGGACGAGCUGAGCGUCUACGCCCGAGGCACAGACUACGACAUGGACUUCACUCUGCUGGUCCCUGCGCUCAAGCUCCACGACCGCAACCAGCCGGUGACCCUGGACAUGAGGCACUCGGCCCUGGGUCACUCCUGGCUCAGCCUCCGCCUCUUCGAUGAAGGAACCAUCAACAAGUGGAAGGACUGCUGCACCGUCGUGGACCACAUCAACGGGACCACCAACUACUUCUUCUCUCCCACUCUGGUCGCAGACUGGUUCUACCAGUCCAUCUCCCUGGUGUUGCUGGAGGUGCAGAAGAAGCCGCAGAGGGGAAUGCCUCGAGUGGAGAAGGUGGAGCGGUACGGCACCAUCAUCUCCGUCAUCCUGGGCGUGGGCAGCAGCCGGAUGCUGUACGACAUCGUCCCCGUGGUGUCGUUCAAAGGCUGGCCGGCCGUGGCUCAGAGCUGGCUGAUGGAGAACCACUUCUGGGAUGGGAAGAUCACGGAGGAGGAGGUGAUCAGCGGCUUCUACCUCGUCCCCGCCUGCUCCUACAAAGGCCGCAAAGAGAACGAGUGGCGCUUGUCGUUCGCCCGCAGCGAGGUGCAGCUGAAGAAGUGCAUCUCCUCCAGCCUGAUGCAGGCGUACCAGGCCUGCAAGGCCAUCAUCAUCAAGCUGCUGUCCCGCCCCAAGGCCAUCAGCCCCUACCACCUCCGCAGCAUCAUGCUGUGGGCCUGCGACCGCCUCCCCGCCAACUACCUGUCCCAGGACGACUUCUCCGCCCACUUCCUGCUCGGCCUGAUCGACGACCUGCAGCACUGCCUGGUCAACAAGAUGUGUCCCAACUACUUCAUCCCUCAGUGCAACAUGCUGGAGCAGCUGUCGGACGAGGCGGCCAUGCUGCACGCCCGCAAACUGUCCUCCGUGCGCUCCGACCCGGCCGAGCACCUCCGCACCACCAUCGAGCACGCCAAGGCCGCCAACAGGUUGACGGUGGAACUGCAGUGGCGCGGCAGCUCCACCAACCUGCCGUCACCGCAGUCGGACGCGGGGGGGGAGAACCAACCCGACGACCGCCUGGCCAAAAAGCUUCAGCAGCUCGUGACAGAGAAUCCUGGGAAAUCCAUCUCAGUCUUCAUCAACCCAGAUGACGUCACACGGCCGCACUUCCGCAUCGAUGACAAAUUCUUCUGAGACUGAGAAAUGUUGUCCUUGGCCUGCUCCUCCUCUUCGUCCUCUUACACCUCCUCCUCCUCCUCUUUCUCUGCCUUCUCUCUGACCGCCUGGUGCCCCACCUCCUCUGACACUUAAUUUUUUACAUUUUUUAUGUUUCUCUGCCACAGAGUGAAGUGAGGUGAUCGUCUCGUUGUGUCUGCCACAGUUUAACUCUUAUUUUUCUACUCCCUCUCCCUGGUCCCUCCUCUUCACUGUGUGCCCUGUGUCUCCUGAGCCGGCUGAAUGCCUUUCAAUAGAAUAGCAGCUGGUUGUUUUUAAAACUGAUGCACGAGAGGAAAAUCCUCCUUCAGAUGGAAUUCUUCUUCUUAUGUAGUUUAAUGUAUUUAUCAGGGAUCCUGGAGACGAGAGAGAACCACCUCCUCCUGGAAGAGCAAAGAAAGUCAGGUUCAUUCAUCAAUAACCAGAAACACGAACAUCCACCUUAAAUAUGAAGUAAUCACUGACCAGUCAUAACCACUGAAUUAACUAGAUCUCACUUAACACCUUUUUUCUCUGGAGGUUAAACUCGUGGGGGGGGGACUUUAGUUUGAAGGUGGAUUUUCUUCCUCUGAAUGUCUUAGUCCCGCUCGGGUGACGGUUCCAGCGUCUUAGAAACUCACUGUAAAUAGAAGAGAACUGAUGAGUCGACAGCAGGUUGAUGAGGAUGAUGAAGAUGAUGAAGACGUGUCGACUACUCUUUAUUUAACUUUGCACAGAAUGUAAAAAACACUUUUCCUCUUGAUAGUGAACGUUAUGUUCAUCCUGACUCUAGAAUGAUGUUUCAUAUCAUUAGCAGGUGACACUGAACCAGAGAACCGUCAUGUUUCCAACGUGUUAUUAACCAGAGGAUCCACAGUGAGUCCACAGUGAAGCUACAGUGAAUCCACAGUGAAGCUACAGUGAAGCUACAGUGAA